AUGCCUCCUCCGCGUGCUGCGUUAGAAGCUCUUGCGGCAGAACUCGUGCUGGACAUCUGCAAGCUCGUUAGGACACCGAAACGAGUUCCUCAACUUCCAUCACGACACCCCACAAACAUCGAGACGGCCCGAGAAAUUGACGUUUCUCGGAACACUGUUGCCGCGCAGUCUGAUCUUCUUGCUCUCGGCUUGACAUGUCGACGUUUGUUGUCCAUCGCUCAGCCACUUCUCUAUGCCCAUCCGGUGACCAUUGGCGAUGACGCACACCGGCGUUUCGAAUUUCUCUGCACGACACUAUGCAAGUAUCGUGAUCUCGCCCUGUUGGUAAAGAGCAUCCAACUGCCCGCGACUGCGGUCAACGGCGACCGUCGGGGCUCGACUGAUGGCGAUGCCGCUCUACUUCCGAAUCUCAAACUUGUGCACAUGUGGGUUGCGAGCACGUCUAACGACGACGACGACGACGACGACGACGACGACGACGAGACAACAGCACGAGAGGUGUUGAAACAACCAGCAUAUCUGCCUUUUCCUUGCCACGCGCUUCUGUUACGCGGCCAGUAUGACAAGGCUUACAUCGACGUCAGUUCUGGCCUCUUCCAGGACGAGAGCGGCUGGUUGUCCAAAGUACAAACUCUGGAUCUGCAUACCAUUGACCUUGACUGGAUCAUGGGGGAUCUGCAGAUCGAGCGUCUUCUAUCAGCCGUGUCGUUCUGCACCAGUGACUUCCCCGAUGACGAGCGCAGGCCGGCGACGACCCUGCGUUGCCUUACGCACAUUGCCACUGGCCACACGCCUUGGCCAGACCGCGAUUGGGACCUGUCGAAGCUCACUGCCUUUGUUGCGCUCGAGUUCCUGUGGCUGGAAUCGGCGUACUUUUGUUUCAACCCAAGCAAAACAGCUCUCACGGACAUCCUCCCACCCAACCUUGUUAUUCUGCGCCUGUCCGGCGUGAGUUUACCCGCAGCAGCACUGGCACAUCUACGGGAUGCCAUCGUCGAGGAGGGCAAGUUUCCGGCAUUGGCCCGAGUCACAAUCGACGCACGAGAAUUUGACCUUGCCGCUGAGAAGGACACGGCAGUCUUGUACUCUCUCUUGCUGCUGCGCGAGGCCGGCAUCCGUGUGACGGCAUUGGCGCAGCCGUUGCCCGGGCACGAGGAGCCCGCAGACGAAGACGACGAUCGACGCGCGCACAACCAAGUCCGAUGA